AUGGCAGAUGAAGGACAUAACCGAGCUCUAUACGUAACCGGUCUUAUCAAAGACUCUGAAUUCAAGAGAGCUCUCGUUGACACAGGCGCUUCCAAAAAUAUCAUCACUAUGAAGACUCUCAAGGCGGCCAAAUUCCCACAGAAUAAGAUUGUUCUCCAUCCUAUCUUGAUGACAGGUUUUGAGGGAAGUCAGAUUCAUACAUAUGGGUACGCAUACAUAGACUUGAAGGUGGGGCCCAUUCAAUCAAAGACCAAGUUUCACGUGAUCGAACAGGAGCCUGACUAUCACAUGAUACUCGGACAACCAUGGCUCUAUGACAAUAAAGUGGUCCCUUCAACAUACCAUCAAUGCAUGAAGGCUCUGCUCAAUAACAAAAUCGUUCGUAUUGCGGCUUCAGCAUCUCCUUACGCCCCAGUGUAUGACGCUGAAUUCCUCGAGUCUCAGCAGGACAUCCCUGAACCUCCGAACAAGAUUCACAGCACUCCACUCCCAAUCUGGAAGUCCAUUGAAGAAGAAGUCACGGAUAAACCAUCAUCCUCAGACGUUAAGUCGAUUAAGUCGUCUGCUACGCCGAUUAAGCGCCGCAAAGGUCAAGUCUCAACUCCUAGAUCUAACUUCAUAACCAGUCAUGAUGCGGAGGGGAGAACCAUUUAA